GCUGGCCACGCCAUCCCCACCUUCACGGCAACUGAUUCUCUGAUUGGUCGCAUCGUGCAAAGCUGCAAUCCACCGAGAAUCUCGGCCGUAAUUUCAAGAUCACGAAUAUCGCUGCGGUUGACUUCUGCUGUUCAGCCUGAGAAGCGCCCGCGUCCACAGCCGCCCAUUCUGCAACAUAGCCCUCGAACCGUUCUUGAUACAUCGCCGAAAGAGACCUGCCAUCAUGGUCAUCAAGAUCAGGUUGGCGCGCUUUGGCCGCCGCAACCUUCCAACAUACAACAUCGUCGUCACACAUGCCCGGACAGCGCGUGACAGUAGACCCUUGGAGGUCAUUGGCACUUACGACCCUCUCCCGAAACCCGACCCUUACGAGACAUCCGGCAGACUACACAAAGACAUCAAGCUCGACCAGUCAAGGGCAAAGUACUGGAUCGGUGUAGGAGCACAGCCAACAGAUCCGGUGUGGAGGUUAUUGAACUUGGUUGGCAUCAUGCAACCAAAGUUUCGCGACGUCCGGCCAUCAACACCGCCGCCAUUGCCCAAGGAGGCUCUGGAGCCGAAGCGGCCAGUGGUUUGAAUGGAGACAUGACAGGCAGGAAGUAAAAGAACGGUGGGAGGAGGAAACGAGCACAAUACACGCAGCCAUUCACGAAUGAUGCAAAGCACCGCAAGGGCUUUCAUGCGGCAGUGAUCAGUUAGGUUCUCCACGCCGCCUCAUCUGAUUUUAUACGAACAACCAUGCUUCGAGCAUGUCUCUGUGGGCAGGCAUGGAAGCAUACAUGCUCUCGCAUCACGAGGCUGGGAACUGUGUGAGAGGCACAGGAACCGGCCAUGUACACUACCGCAUAUCCCGAGAAAUACAAAAGUGUAUAACAUUAUCAGAUUAAACGGUAUUAGCGGCAAUGCGUGCAAACUUGCAAGCACUUCUUGCUUUCACCAGCCGUUCGAUGGCAUCGCUCCCUAAGUUGCC